AUGUCCUUCCCCCAGCGAACCCUGGGUCGUGAUGGCCCCAAAGUCUCUGCUGUUGGUCUCGGAUUCGGCAGCUUCACCGGCUUUUAUGGACCACCUGGCACCACAGAAGAGAGGAUAACACGACUAGAUCAUGCCCAUUCUAUUGGCUCACGAUUCUGGGAUCUGGCAGACAUAUACGGCGACAGCGAGGAUCUCGUUGGCGAGUGGAUGAAGCGAUCUGGCAAGCGGAGCGACAUCUUUCUAGCCACCAAGUGUGGCCUCCAGCGGCAGCCCAGUGGGAUGCACACCUUCUGCUCUGAUCCAGCGUAUGUAAAGGAAGCUUGCGAGAGGAGCCUCAAGCGACUGGGCGUGGACACCAUCGACCUUUACUACUGUCAUCGAGUGGACGGGGUGACCCCGAUUGAAAAGACCAUAGAAGCCAUGGUUGAACUGAAGAACCAAGGAAAGAUCCGAUACAUCGGCGUCUCAGACGUGUCGGCAGCCACUCUGCGGCGGGCACACGCCGUCCACCCCAUUGCAGCUCUACAGAUUGAGUACAGUCUGUUCACACUCGAUAUCGAGUCAUCCACCUCGAAGGUCCUUGGCACCGCUCGCGAACUAGGCAUUACUGUCGUGGCAUUCAGCCCCAUUGGGCGUGGGAUCCUCACCGGCCAAUUCCGAUCUCGCGCCGACUUCCCACAGGGUGACUUGCGCGCCAUGUACCCCAAGUACGCCGAGGAGAACUUCCCAGAGAUCGUCAAGCUAGUCGAGGGUGUCGAGCAGGUAGCACAGGAUCAUGGAUGUACCCCUGCACAAGUCGCCCUUGCGUGGCUGUUGGCCCAGGGACCGGAAAUCAUCCCCAUCCCUGGGACGAGGUCGCCGGCUAAAAUGGACGAGAAUUCGGCCUCGGCGCGGGUCAAAUUGAGCGAUGGGGAGAUCCAACGACUUAGGACUCUGGCAGAGCAGGCAGAUAUUCAAGGUACUCGGUAUCCUUCUGCGGUGAUGGACACCCUUCACACCGACACCCCUCUACCAUAG